AUGGCAGCCAGCUACCCCAAGCGCCAUCUCGGCAGGAAUGGACCUCUGGUCAGCGCCAUUGGAUUCGGUGCAAUGGGUAGGCUAUCCGGCUUCGACUUCUACGGUGUCACCAACGAGGAAGAGGUGUUCGCCACCCUGUCCCGCGCUGCCGACCUCGGUGUCACCUUCUGGGAUACCUCUGACUUCUACGGUGACAGUACGCAUCUGAUGUUCACCUUUUCCCUUACAAGCCGACGCGACGAGAUCUUCCUUGCCACCAAGUUUGGCUGCUGCGACUUCUCGCCGAGCGCGACCGAGUUCUUCAAGCCGAACAGCAAGCCAGACUACGUCCGCGAGCGGGUGGAGACGGCGCUCAAGCGCCUGCAGACGGACCGCAUCGAUCUCUUCUACCAGCACCGCGUCGACCCGGAGGUGCCCAUCGAGGUCGUGCUCGAGACGCUGCGCCCCUAUGUCGAAAAGGGAACCGUCAAGUACAUCGGCCUGAGUGAGUGCUCCGCGAACGUCCUUCGCAGGGCGCGCGGCGUCGCGGGUAUUGGAGAGAAGGUCAUCGCGGCCCAGAUGGAGCUCAGCCCAUUCGAGUUGUUCAUCGUGCAGAACGGGUUCUUGGACGCGGCGCGCGAGCUCGGGGUCGGGAUUGUCGCGUACUCGCCGUUGGGACGGGGCAUGAUCACUGGGAAGUACCGCUCCCUCGACGAUUUCGAGCCGGGCGACAUGCGUCGGGCAAUGCCGCGCUUCCAAGAGGAGAACUUCGCGAAGAACCUCGUGCUCGUCGAUGCUUUCAAGACCAUUGCAGACAAGUAUAAGGCAACCUCUGCUCAGAUCUGCCUCGCAUGGCUGCUCGCAGCGUAUCCUGACAGUAUUCCUAUCCCCGGUAGCCGCAAUCCCACGCGGCUGGAAGAGAACGCCAAGGCAGCGCAUAUCCAGCUCACGGCGGACGAUCUGGCGACGCUGACGGAUCUGGUGAAGAAGGCUGAGGUCUCAGGCGGGAGAUAUCCCUCUGCGCACGAUCCUUCGAAUUUCGCUGACUGCAUCACGCUGGCAGAGUGGGAGGCACGUAGAUGA